UCGUCCCCUCGCCUCUACUUCGCCUACGGGUCCAAUCUCUCCCCAACCCAAAUGUCCCUCCGCUGCCCCGCCUCCACACCCCUCGGCCUAGCCCACCUCCCAAACCACACCUUCAUCAUAAACUCCCGCCGCUACGCCAACGUCGUCCCAAACGGCCCCGCCAAUCCCGCUCACCCCGCUGCUGCCACACCAACCACGGAUCCGGCCCCAGCUUCGGUUCCGGGCGUCUACGGCAUCCUCUACGCCCUCCCGCCCCAAGACGAAGCAACCCUCGAUAGAUGCGAAGGCGUCCCCCACGCUUACCAAAAACAAGACCUCGCCAUCAAAGUGGUGAACUUUACCCCACCAAGCACCACCGCCGCCGUCAAUCUCACCCCAGGCAGCAACGUCACGGCACUAGUGUACGUCGACACCGAGAGGACCGAACCCUCGACGCCGUGGGACGAGUACAUCGACCGGAUGAAUCGCGGCGUCGACGAGGCGACGGAGCGGUUUGGGUUGCCGCGGGGGUAUGUCGAUGAGGUUAUCAGGCCGUAUAUCCCGGCU